AUGUUUUUCUACCCAAAUGUUCUUAAUCACCGGACUGGUUGCUUUGCCACAAUAUGGUUGGCUGCCACAAAAGGAAGAAAGAUCAGUCGACGGGAUCUGCUCAAAGUUAAUGUUCAGCGCACCUGCUGUGACAUCUUGGAUUACGUACUAGUCAGAGUCCCGCCUCCAGCGGCAGGACUGCCCCGCCCUCGAUUCUCUCUGUAUCUCUCCUCUCAGCUGCAGUAUGGAGUGGUGCUUGUCUAUCACAGACAGUGUGACUUUUUGUUAGAUCCUAAGAGAAAUGAAAGUCCCCUCUUCAAGGUCCUCCUACUUACCUUUAGGCAAAGUCACAUGAUGCCUGAUGCUCUUGCGCUAUUAGAUGAGACAGAAUGGGCGAGGGAUCCCUUCUUUGGAGUUAUGGACACUGGGUAUGGCCUGCCAAGCCCAAGCAGCCUCAUUCAGAUGGCUCAGAGAAUGGAGGAGGCUUUACCAGAGCGUGCCUCACCCACAAGAGAACCAACUCCACCUUCAGAUGGCAUCACAGCCAGCCAGGAGUCAAUCACCCUGACUGAAAGAGAACCAGUUACAUUGCGUGAACCAGAGUUUGAAGGAGAAGAACUACAGGAAUCUGGCAUAAUCGAUUUAUUGCUGGAACAGCCAGAUUACUUUCCUGAAGGUGAGGAAGAGAGACAGCAGGAGAUAGAAAGACAGGGAGAGCAAAUAGAAAAAGAGCCCGAAGAGGUCAGAGAGCCGGAGGUUCCUGAGGAGAGAGAGCAAGAGAGAGCAGCGCUGGAAAGAGACAUAACGCCAUCAGUUUCUUUAGACAUGGAACAAAUCACCGGCGUAUCAAGCAGGGAUGUUUUCCUGCUACCUGAGGAGGAUUUGGGGCUGCCCAUGGAGAUGCCUGUGUUAGAAGAAAGAGAAAAGACCCCAGAGCCUGUGCUUCUACCCAUACCAUCCCCUCCACUUGGCGAGGAAGAGGAAAAUGGCAUGGAGCCCAGGAGAGAUGAGGGGCUUGCAGCAGUGAGUCCUGAAUUCCCUGAAGUGCGGAGAAAGAGGAGGAGGCAGCUGCUCUUCAUUGAUAAAGAUACCCAGAUUUCUCAGGAGGAAAUGAGGGCACAGAUUAAUGAUGUAGAGACAGAGACCAGGGCAUUGGCGGAUGUUCUGGUCAAACUGCCUGUUAAACAAACUGAUCCUAAAAAACUGCUCGGGAACCCCUGCAUGAGCCUUCCACCUGAAAUCCUGGCGCUAUGGAAACAGGCAGCAGUCAUAAAGCCCAUUCUUCCAUCCAGACGUCGUUGGGCUGUUCCAGAAGCAGAGAUACCAGAGAGAGAGGAACAAAGAGAAGAACCACGAGAGGUAGAACAGGAGAGAGAGCUCAGCUCAAAAGAGAUUCCCAGAGAAAUGGUGGAGUCUGACCUAUUCCAGCAAGAAACACCUGCCUCUUCGGUGGUCCUGGAGACAACCGACAAGGAUUUUUCUCCAAUCGAGACGCCUGAAAUUAGACGGUGA